CCGGCCCCGCCCGGCGAUGGCGGAGGGCGAACCGGGGGGGCGGGACGUUCCCGCCCUUCCGGGCCGGGCGCUGCGCACCGCGCGGGCUGCGGCUCCUCUGCGCAGGCCAGGCCCGUUUCCGGCGGACGGGGGCGGUGCCGCGGCGCUGGCCUGUCAGGGGCACAAUGGGCGGCGGGGUGUGAGGGGCUCGGGGCUGCUGCCGCAGACAUGGCCGCCACUGCCGAGCUCUUCGAGGAGCCUUUUGUGGCAGAUGAGUACAUUGAACGCCUGGCAUGGCGAAUUCCUGGAGGAGGUUCCAAAGGUGGAGCAGAAGCUUUUGAUCCCAAAAGAACUACAGGUAAUGGAUGAAAGGAUUCAAAGAAAGGUGGAGAAGCUAGAACAGCAUUGCCAGAAAGAAGCCAAGGAAUUUGCCAAGAAAGUACAAGAGCUGCAGAAAAGCAACCAGGUUGCCUUCCAACAUUUCCAAGAACUAGAUGAGCACAUCAGCUAUGUAGCAACUAAGGUCUGUCACCUUGGUGACCAACUGGAGGGGGUAAACACGCCACGGCAACGGGCUGUGGAGGCUCAGAAACUGAUGAAAUACUUUAAUGAGUUUCUGGAUGGAGAGCUGAAGUCUGAUGUUUUUACAAACUCUGAAAAGAUUAAAGAGGCAGCUGAUAUUAUUCAGAAGUUGCAUCUGAUUGCACAGGAAUUACCUUUUGACAGGUUUUCUGAAGUAAAAUCAAAAAUAGCAAGUAAGUACCAUGAUUUAGAGUUGCAACUGAUUCAGGAGUUUACCAAUGCACAGAGAAGGGGGGAAAUCUCCAGAAUGCGAGAAGUAGCAGCCGUUUUACUUCACUUCAAGGGCUAUUCCCACUGUGUUGAUGUAUACAUAAAGCAAUGUCAAGAGGGAGCUUACUUGAGGAAUGAUAUAUUUGAAGAUACAGCCAUCCUCUGUCAGCGAGUGAACAAACAAGUUGGAGAUAUCUUUAGUAGUCCAGAGACUGUAUUGGCCAAACUUAUUCAAAAUAUAUUUGAAAUCAAACUUCAGAGUAAUGUAAAGGAUCAGUUAGAAGAACACAGGAAGUCAGAUGCAGAACAGUAUCUUAAGAAUCUUUAUGAGCUGUAUACAAGAACUACUAAUCUUUCAAGCAAAUUGAUGGAGUUUAACUUGGGUACUGAUAAGCAGACUUUCUUGUCUAAGCUUAUCAAAUCCAUUUUCAUUUCCUACUUGGAGAAUUACAUUGAGGUGGAAAUUGGUUAUUUGAAAAGUAGGAGCGCUAUGAUUCUGCAACGCUAUUAUGAUUCCAAAAACCACCAGAAGAGGUCCAUUGGCACUGGAGGUAUUCAAGAUCUCAAAGAGAGAAUAAGACAACGUACAAACUUGCCAUUGGGCCCAAGUAUUGAUACCCAUGGAGAAACCUUCCUCUCCCAAGAAGUGGUGGUUAACCUUUUACAAGAAACCAAGCAAGCUUUUGAAAGAUGUCAUAGACUCUCCGAUCAUUCUGAUUUACCGAAGAAUGCAUUCAGAAUUUUUUCUAUGCUUGUGGAGUUUUUGUGUAUUGAGCAUAUUGAUUAUGCCUUGGAAACUGGACUUGCUGGCAUUCCGUCUCCUGACUCUAAAAGUGCAAAUCUUUAUUUCCUGGAUGUUGUACACCAGGCCAAUACUAUUUUCCACUUGUUUGACAAGCAGUUUAAUGAUCAUCUGAUGCCAUUAAUCAGCUCUUCUCCUAAGUUAUCUGAAUGCCUUCAGAAGAAAAAGGAUAUAAUAGAACAAAUGGAGAUGAAACUGGACGUGGGCAUUGAUAGGACACUGAAUUGUAUGAUUGGUCAAAUGAAGCACAUCUUGGCUGCAGAACAAAAGAAGACCGAUUUUAAACCAGAAGAUGAAAACAGUGUUUUGAUUCAGUAUACUAAUGCCUGUGUCAAAGUAUGUGGCUAUGUCAGAAAGCAAGUGGAAAAGAUUAGAAAGUCUAUGGAUGGUAAGAAUGUGGACACAGUUCUGAUGGAGCUUGGAGUUCGUUUUCAUCGACUUAUUUAUGAACAUCUACAGCAAUAUUCCUACAGUUGCAUGGGAGGCAUGUUAGCAAUUUGUGAUGUGGCUGAAUACAGGAAGUGUGCCAAAGACUUUAAGAUUCCAUUGGUGUUGCAGCUUUUUGACACCCUGCAUGCACUCUGCAAUCUUUUGGUGGUAGCACCAGAUAACUUAAAGCAGGUCUGCUCAGGAGAACAACUUGCUAAUCUGGACAAGAACAUCCUUCACUCCUUUGUUCAGCUGCGAGCUGAUUAUAGAUCUGCUCGCCUUGCUCGCCACUUUAGCUGAGAGUGCAGACAAACAUGUUGUCCCAUUGCCAGGCUGGGGGUGUUAGAAAGCACAGGGAAUAAUUUCUUAUUAAAAAGCAGUUGUAAUUUUUGUGGGACACAGUGACUGUUCAGAACAAAACAGCAGCCAUAUUUAAGCCAGAAUUUAUUUGAAGAAUGUGAGCAGAUAUAAUCCUUAAUUCAUAUUCCUUAAACGACAUUUCCCCCAGAUAUGAAUUUCUGCAAAACUACUUGCCACUAAUUUUCCAUUGGAAAAAUGUUGGUGAAGGAAGGCAAGUGAUGAAUUGAAAGUAUUUCAGUCCUCAAUCUUGAAUUAUCUAAUACCAUUUGUUAGACUUUAACUACAGAGCAUAGCGUAGGUAAUGGAUUACAUAGACUAAAACUGUGUAAAAACAUUCAUCAAUUUUAAUGACUUAAACUUCAGCACAGCUAAUCAUAAUCAAAUUAUCUUUGCUGAUUGGUGUUUCUAAAUCAUUUCAUUCUUUCAAAAUGUUAUCCUACGCUAUACAAUUUCUUGCUUUAAUUAAUUAGCUUUGAAUUUCUCUGAGAUGUAGGAGUAACAGAAACACUAUCCCAAGAAAGAUGUAAUUUAUUCAUUGUAUAGAACUUUAAGCUAAGCUAAAUUGGAGAGGGGUUUUUGUUGUUGUUGUUGUUGUUGGAGCCCACUGGAAUGUAUCAACUUCAUACGAACUCACGGCACUCUGUUUAUUAUCUGUCUGAUAAUGGCACUUUUAAUUUUAAAUAUGUUCCUAAAUGAAUGCAGCCACCUUGUUUUAGAUUUCAUUACUAUGAGGUGAAGAUGCUUGUUGUCGGUUUAACAUCAUAGAAGCUUGUUUGUUUUUUAUUCUAUACAUAAACAAAUUGAGAUUGUUUCCCACACAUUCAUCUGUAGAUGGGAAGAAUUUGUAUAAAA